UCAAUCAGUCCAACUAAAUCCAAAUUUGAAAUAUCCUUUUCUAUUUCUUGAACAAAUACAAAUGAAUACAUGAUUAGAAGAGAAGCUAAGACAAAAUAAGAGAGGAGGAUCAUAUAUUAAAAUUAAGUUAAAUCGAGAAGCUAGAAGAAUAUAAAUUAUGGCUUGUUUUUUUCCAUAUAAUAGCAGAAACUUGGAUACAAGUUUCUUCAUAUUCAGGCCAACAAUAGUGAUUGUGGAUGAUCUUGUGGAAGCUCUCAAGCAUUUCUCUUUUUCUACUCAAAAUCUUGGAUGUGUGCAAAGUGCUAUUUUUAGAAGCAUUCAUGGGAAUAUGAUGGUAUGGUAUGGAGCAUGGAUAAAGAGAUCUACUGAGAAUAAGGACUCAUUGGCUGCAACUCUUCUUUCAAUGUUAACAAGUGUAUCAAGCAUGGCAAUCCUACUAGAACAUGGCUUCUUUGAUGCAUAUGCUGGAGAAUCAAAGGAUCAUUCCCCCGCUGCGAAAUUCUACACAGGGGACAUUGUUUCCAUGAACUCUGCCUCUUUCUCCCAUCACGACAUCAUGCCAAUCGAAGACUUUACAUACGCGUGCUUAGCCAUUUUUAAGGACCGGUUCCACAACAUGAAUGGCGCCGUUUCUGGGGUUUGCUUCAAGUCCCAACAACUAUCCAAAGUAGCCGCGGUUUUCGUGUGGAAAUCCUUACAAUGUUGCUACAGUUACAUCUUGAAUCAAGAUUCCAGGAGUGUUCUUCCUUAUUUUGAUGGCUUUUCACUAGAUUUAAAAUAUGAUGUGUUUAAAGUUGUUUAUGUUAGUGGAGAUAGUGCCUUAAAUUUUCAUAUUUUCCCUCCACACAAGAUGUUGGAGGGCAAACAGGGGUUGCACAAUGUUGCUCAAGAACUUAAUAGAAUUUCUGAAUAAAAAAUGAAAAUAAAGAUUAGUAGGUAAGUACUACUAGUAUUGGGCAUAGAGACAUCAUGUGGAUCAUGCCUUCAAUUUUGGUAUGUAAUCCAUAACUAUAUUAUGAGGAGAAUGGAAUUUU